GAGAGACCAACAUGGCGCAGGUGGAUUAGUGCUGCUUGACGAUUUGGAAGAAGACAACCAGAGGGAUAAAAAUUAUUUCUUUUUUUGGAAAAGCUCGAUCUUGUACAAUGCAAGGGUGAAAUGGUCUCAAUCUUGAUUUGGAUCACUUCUACUGCUUCGUUGAUGACUAAAAGGCGACCAGGACGCAGGAAUACUUUCAACGCCAUUCAUAAACAUUUCUAUAGGACUUCAAAUCCCUGAGUGUUGUUGUUGUUGGAUAUUUAAAACAAUUGCUUACAGCAGAGCAUCGCUGGUAAAGUGAAAAUGAGCAGUGAUUUACCUAAAGGCGUGGAUAGAUUCAAAGAGGAACACAGGAAGGUGGUGAAAGACUGCCAAAGUCAAAUUACACACUGGAGAAAAUUGGAGACAGAUUAUGAAAGUCUGCAGGAGCGUCUCGGCACCUUGCCUGAUAAGCUGUCCUAUGAUAUUAUGGUGCCGUUUGGUUCUUUGGCUUUCAUGCCUGGGAAGCUGGUUCACACCAAUGAGCUCAUGGUUCUCCUCGGAGAGAACUGGUUCACAAAGUGUUCUUCUAAGCAGGCCCAGACGCUUGUCGAACACAGAAAGAAACAUGUAAAGAAUAAACUUGACGAUUUGCACAAAGUGGUGAAGAGCUUUCAAGACAGAGCCGGCAUCACAGAAGAGCUUGAAAAGAUGGAUGGUAAAGGAGAUUUUGUUGACAUCAGAGAAGAAAUGGGAAAAGAGGACGCAGUUAACAAAGGUAAACAUCGUGUGGCCCACAAACCCAACUCCAAGCCUAAGGAGGAGUAUGUGGUGCAGCUAGAAGAGGAGGAAGAGGAUGUAGAUGAAGGAAACAGUCAAGGAGUGCUGACAGAGGAGGAGCUGUGGGCACGGCUGGAUGAGCUUGAGCGUUUGGAGGAGGAGCAGGAUGAGAGAGACAGAAUGGACAGCAUGGAUACCAAUGGUGAAGACACAAGUUCUUCAUCAUCAGAGGAAGAGAAGGAGGCAGAUGCUGGUACCACGGUCCAGGUUAAUGGCCAUGACCAAUAUCGGGACUGUGCUCCUGCCUCUCACACAAGCCAGGUCAAUGGCAUCAAACCACAGCUUGAUGAAGAGGAGCAAGAAGUAGAAGGCGAGGAUGAAGACAAUGCUUUGCCAACUAUCUACUUCAGUCAUACAGUAGAGCCCAAAAAAGUGCGAAUAAAUACAGGAAAGAACACUACAUUAAAGUUCAGUGAGAAGAAAGAGCAGGCCAAGCGAAAAAAGAAGAAUGGCAAAUGUAACAGCCAUGCUGUUCAUGAGCAUCAUAAAAUCACGACUCCUGCCGAUAUCUACAGGGUAUUUGUGGAUGUAGUGAAUGGUGAGCCUGUCCCAAGGAAAUCCAUCCUGAAGUCGCGCAGUCGUGAGAACAGUGUGUGCAGCGACACCAGCGAGAGCAGCACAGCAGAUUUUGAGGAACGCCGUGCUUUUGUUAACCGCACACACAGCCACGAUGAAGCCACCCACAGUGACACUAGCGACGGUAUUACUGAAGAGGACAGCCCAACUGGAAUAAGUCUUUACCCUAAUGGACGCUUUGAGGCUUUUUCAGGGACUGUUAUUGAGAAAGAUCCACUGCCCUCUAUGAUUCCUCACCUGACUAUCACCCCUCCUGCAUUACCCACAAUCCUUGAAAGAAAGCAAGAAGAGGUGGGCUCAGAAGUGACCCAGGAGCCACCCAAGAGGGUGUCAAAGUUCAAAGCUGCCCGGCUGCAGCAGAAAUGAGACUCAAAGCUUUUGUUUCUUUUUCUUUUUUUCUUUUAACUCCCCUUUUGUAUGACCAUAAGAAUGGGUGAUCUUGUACACCUCUGUCCUGCCUCUCUCUCUUUGGUUCACUCCUCUUCUGUGCUGUCUUAGUCAAGUCAGUCCAGUCUAUUUUCACUGAAUAUAUGUUGUAUGCUAUGCAUUUUCUAAACAUCCACUUUAUUAUCUCCUAAUAGUAGGAGAUGCAACUCUGUACAAACAUGUACAGCCUCUCUGCUCUGCUGAAUUGGCCAAACUCUCUCUAUUCAUUGAGACAAGGCUACAUAAUUCACCUUUGUAUACAAACACACACACCGACUGCCUUUUCUUUGUGUGUUCUUUUAGACCACAUCUAUGUGAAAUAUAAAAAAGUUGCAUGAGAAAUAUCAUGUGCCACACACACGGCAGGUUAAUUUCUUAUUUUACUGUCUGCUCUGCCUCUGAUGGCCUGUUUUUUUCCCCCCCAUCUUAUAAAGUAUCUCAUCCUGCAAACCUUCUGCUUUAACUUUAAAACCUUUCUAACUCUGUUCUAUAUUGAGAUUAUUUUGCUAUGUCUCCAGUCUUUGAAUGUAGAUCAGCUUUUUGUGAUUGAAUACAAAUGUGAACCAGAAAAUAAAUGAUUUUGCCUAUA